CUGACCUGUGAGCUGGUCGGUUACGCGUUUUACGUGAACGUCUACGCCAGCGUAAUGUUCCUCUGCCUGAUAGCGAUGGACCGCUACCUGGCUAUCGUUUACCCGCUCAGCAGCCGCAGCGUGCGCAGCGUCAGGGUGGCGGCGGUGUUGGGCGUCGCUGUGUGGAUCCUGACCUUCCUGUUCUGCCUGAGCGGGCUGCUGCCGUCUGUGUUCGACUCCGACCGACUGCUGUGUCUGGAGAAAUACCCCGUCAGCCCCAGAUACGCUCACUUUAAGAUCAUCACCAUGGUCCUGGGCUUCCUGCUGCCAUGUGCCAUUCUAGGCUACACCUCAGCCCACAUCGGGGUGACCCUUCAUCAGUCUCCCUCUCUGUCGAACCACGAGCGCAACAAAAUCGUAGGGAUCCUGGUCGUGAUCACGGUUAACUUUAUCGUGGUCUUCGGACCCUACCACCUGGUGGGCGGGUACAGGUUUGUGUCUCUGCUGCUCACCGACGAGCCCUGUGGAUUUGAGCAGUCCAUUUUCCUGGUCUAUCGGCUUUGCUACGGCCUGACCAGCCUCAACACUUUACUGGACCCCCUCUUUUACAUCUUCCUCUGCCCCGACGCUCGACUGGAGCUCCAGAGGUCCCUGCCCUGUCUGAGAACAGGCCAGAACAACCGUAAAAACACGACCACGAGCUGCAGGUAUCAGCUGGACACCGACAGAGACAACUAGACAUGGGUUUUUACAAUGUAAAAACAAGUGUGCAUUCCCACGUAGCAUGUCAUUGCAGCAUGGCU